AUGAAAAGAAAGAGAACAUUGGUACAAGUAAAUAUACCCGAGGAUGUGGUGGUGGAAGAGAUUCUCGAGAAACUUCCUGUGAAAUCAGUAUUGAGAUUCAGAGCUGUAUCGAAAGUAUGGAGAAGGGAAAUCGAAUCGAGGCGUUUUCAGGAGAGACAUCUGAAGCAUGAGCAGAAAUCUCGAGAGCCGAGUAUCGUCCUAGUCAAACGUCGGCUUUACGACAGCGGAGAGGCUGGUCUUACAACAUUGAGCUUGGGACAAACCUCAGUUUCGUUGGACAACCAUAUUCAUUACCCUGCAGUGCUCAAUCCAGAGCAAUUAGGCCGGUUUGAGUUUGUUAGAAUUACACGUAGCUGCGACGGUCUGGUUUGCCUAUAUUCAGAAAACUACUUCAUGCUUUCAGAAAACACCUGCAUGUAUGUGAUCAAUCCCGCCACUAGAUGGUACCGUCAACUCCCCGAGGCUAGAUUUCAAGCACUUGCUCCCGAUAGAGAUCCGAUGAUCCGCUUUUCGUACCCAUUACUUGGAUUCGGUAAAGACGAUAUCACAGGGAUACACAAGCUGGUUUGGUUGUAUAACUCAGAUUGCUUAGACCUAGACGGCCAAACUAAUACCUGCGAGGUUUUCUCUUUGGACGACACAAACAACACUAAUUGGAAUUGGAGGCAUGACGUGAUUGUUUCUUGUCCUCAUCCGAUACUACAUGGGAAAUACCCCGCGCACGUACACGGAUCCCUCCAUUGGUUCAUUGAUGCCGGCACACAAGUACAAGUCUUAUCCUUGCAUCUUCACACUGAAACUUUUAUGGUAAUGGACAAGAUACCUGUUGCCUCUGCACCCCAUGGCUGCAUCACCAUGUGCACCUUGAAUAACCGCCUUUGCUUAUCGGAGGAUAAGGGAGACACGCAAACUAUAUGGUCGUUUCAUCAAGACAACAUGGCAUGGCACAAAACUUAUGUCAUUGAUCUACGUUCCACUCUCUCAGCUUGCAUUGAAGAGGAAUAUCGUUUCACAACGCCACCCCUCGCAUCACUUUUGGAUCACAGGUUAUUGAUCUUUGAUUCCAGCGACAGCCACACGACCAACCUCGUGCGAUACAAUCCUACAUCAAAAUCUUUUAGUCAAUUCCUCAACGCUACUAGUUAUUGUUUGGCAGGUGCUAUUUCUUACUCGCAAAGCUUAAUCUCUCUUCCCUAA